GCUUCUUCUCUGUCACGAGAUUAUGAUCUCUUGUGAAAAAAAAAAAAAGGCAAUUAGUCGUGUGUGUCGGUCUCAAAAUCUGAUCUACUAGGCCUAUAAAAGAAAGAAUAUCCUCUCAGCUUCUACAGCAGCUUUCAAUGGCUUCCUCCUUUUCAAAAUUGCCUUUCCUCCUCUUCACCAUUUUCUUCUCUUCAACUUUCGCUCUCAACACUACUUCAACAACGUCUCUAAACUCCAAUUUCUCUUCCAUACGAAAAUUUUGCCAAACCACUCCAUACCCAGAUGCUUGUUUUGAUUCAUUGAAGCUUUCCAUUUCAAUAAAUAUCAGUCCCAACAUACUUAACUACCUCCUUCAAACACUCCAGAGUGCAUUAUCUGAAGCUGGAAAGCUAACCAAUCUAUUCAAUAAUGGUGGAAGUGGAAAUAUUGUUGAAAAACAAAGAGGAAUAAUGCAAGAUUGCAAAGACCUCCACCAAAUCACACUGUCUUCCUUGAAAAAGUCAGUAUCAAGAAUCCUAGCAGCUGAUUCACGGAAGCUAGCGGAUGCAAGAACCUAUCUCAGUGCAGCUCUCACAAACAAGAAUACUUGUUUAGAAGGACUAGAUUCUGCUUCUGGUCCAUUGAAACCUAUUCUUGUGAAAUCUUUGAUUAAUACUUACAAGCAUGUCAGUAACUCUCUUUCAAUGCUCCCUAAGUCAGGUCCUAACAAAAAAGGCCAUUCAAAUCGUCGACUACUGGGAUUUCCAAGCUGGUUAUCAAGAAAAGCUUGCAGGAUUUUGCAAAGCACUGAUGAUGAAUACGAUCCGAGUGAAGUGCUCACUGUAGCUGCUGACGGAACAGGAAAUUUCAGUACCAUCACUGAUGCUAUAAACUUUGCUCCAAAUAAUAGCAAUGACAGAAUAAUGAUCUAUGUUAGAGAAGGGAUUUAUGAAGAGAAUGUGGAAAUUCCAAGCUACAAAACCAAUAUUGUUCUGCUUGGAGAUGGAAGUGAUGUCACUUUCAUUACUGGCAACAGAAGUGUGGUUGAUGGCUGGACCACUUUCAGAUCUGCAACUGUUGCGGUAUCUGGUGAAGGCUUUUUGGCUCGGGAUAUAACCAUUGAGAACAGGGCAGGGCCAGAGAAGCGCCAAGCGGUUGCAUUAAGAGUAAACGCAGACUUCGCUGCACUGUACAGGUGCACAAUCAACGGUUACCAGGAUACAUUAUAUGCCCACUCCUUUCGACAAUUUUACCGUGAAUGUGACAUAUCUGGGACCGUAGAUUAUAUAUUUGGGAAUGCUGCCGUGGUCUUCCAGGCAUGUAACAUAAUCUCCAGAAUGCCAAUGCGGGGUCAGUUUACAGUAAUUACAGCUCAAUCUCGAGACAGCCCAGAUGAGUACACUGGAAUUUCGAUACAGAAUUGUUCAAUUCUUGCGACAGAUGAACUGUAUGACAACUCAAGGAGCGUUAAAAGCUACCUUGGAAGGCCAUGGAGGCUGUACUCUACAGCAGUUUUUCUUGAAUCCUACAUUGAUGACUUUAUCGAUCCUACGGGAUGGACAAAGUGGUCCGGUGAUCAAGGAUUAGACACGCUUUAUUACGGAGAGUACAAUAAUUAUGGGCCACGUUCAGGAACGGAUCAUCGAGUUACUUGGCCUGGCUAUCAUGUAAUGGAUUAUGAUGAAGCCUAUAAUUUUACUGUCUCAGAGUUUAUUACUGGUGGAGCCUGGUUGGAUUCUACCUCAUUUCCAUACGAUGAUGGGAUUUAAAUUUUGACAGAUAAUACAACUUCAUUCUUCGCCUUUCUAGUCUAUUUCUAAUAUGGCAAUGAGACUCUAGCCGAGUGACCUACACGAAGGCCGUGAAAGACGAUGAAUGUAGAUAAGAAAACUUUUUACUUUACAGGUCAGACCUACAUGGAUCUCGAGUCGUGUCUUGUUGUAGGUUCCAGUUUUCAAAGCUUAAUUUGUACUCUGUAAGGGUAUAAAGUGCAAACUUCCAAGCAGAACUGUCCAUGCAAAACCGUUGACUUGCUUUUGUUUAGCUUAAAAUUUUCUUCGGGAACAUAAUCGAAUAGUGGAACAAAAAUACGUACGGCUGUCGUUUUUCAUCUUUCAAAUGUUUUGUAAAACUAUCCAAACGAUUUCCUCGAAUAUUUCAUUAUAAAUAUCUGUCGGUGAGAUUCCUUCCGUGACUAAAAUGCUGAUAAUAAUUUCAAACAAGGAAACACAAUGGUGGGCAUUUGGAGAUUUCUGGACCCAAGGCUUCGAGAUCUAUUCCUCUGUUCUAAGUUUUGUUUUGGUUUAGUAAGUAGCCUUGAACAUUUCAAGUCUACGGGCUGUCUUUUUUCAACUAAAUGGAUGCAACAUGUUCUUCGGUCACCUGUAGCCUUUCCGCACGCCUUUGCUACUUGCUUCGACAGUAGCCAUCCAUUCUAUUUCUACCCGAAGAUAGCCGUCUCUCUCCAAGCUUGAUAGGCCUCCAUCAUCUUUUUUGGACUCGAGAGCCCAGAAAAGGUAAUAUAGAGGGCCCAUUAUGCUACAUUUCAGAUUGCCAGUUCGAAGGUUCACCAUAUAUAGAAACAAGAACAUUGGCAUCCGACUUCUUGGUUAAAAGUUUCAAACCAGUCGGCGGUGAGACCAUACCAUAUGCUAACAAAUUGGCACUCUAAUUUCCUUCCUUCUUGUAGGCUCGAGUACCCUACAAUCCAAUUAUUCACUAAAUCCUUCUCUUUUCAGUCAUAGACGGAAAGAUAAUUGAAGACAACUGCACCACGAAAUGCUAUUCAAACGCACUCCGCAGUCAACCCCAAAAGAGGCUGGUGAAAUCCAAAAUGGUCCUAGAUUAUAGCUCUAGAUUACAGACAAAUCAGACAUGUAGUAAGCUGAUAAACAGUGGCAGAUUCAAGUGAAAAGGUAAGAUGUUC